CGCGGAGGUCGCGGGCGCGUCGCUGAGCUCUCGCUGCCGGACCUGGUGGCUGAGCAGGGUCGUUCUCGCCUUGAGCUGGGGCGCACGGGAGCUCUGAGUUCGUGCGUCCUGGGCUGCGCAGAAGCACAGGUCGGGUUCGGAUUUCCUUUGCCCAGCUAGGGUGCAGAGAGGGCACGGCGCCCGGAUCCCUCGGCGCAGAGGAACCGCUGGUCCGGGCCGGGGGACGCCCGCGCUGACCCCUGGUCCGCAGCCGCCAGCAGCCGGCCGGCCGUCAUGGCAGACCACCUGCUGCUCGCCGAGGGCUACCGCCUGGUGCCCAGGCCACCGCCUCCCGCGCCGGCCCAAGGCCCUCACGUGCUCCGGACGCUGCAGCCGUACUCGGGCCCCGGCCUGGACAGCGGGUUGCGGCCGCGGGGGACUCCGCUGGGCCCGCCGCCGCCGCCCCCACCCGGGGCUCUGACGUACGGGGCCUUGGGCCCGCCGCCAACCUUCCAGUCCUUUCCGGCUGUGCCGCCGCCGCCGGCCGCCAGCGGCGCGCACCUGCAGCCCGUGGCGACGCUGUACCCAAGUCGCGCGACCGCGCCCCCCGGCGCCCCGGGGCCCCCGGGCCCACAGCCGGCGCCCGGAGCCCCAGCUCCGCCACCGCCGCCACCCGCGCACGCUCUGGGCUGCAUGGACGCCGAACUCAUCGACGAGGAGGCGCUGACGUCGCUGGAGCUGGAGCUCGGGCUGCACCGCGUGCGCGAGCUGCCCGAGCUCUUCCUGGGCCAGAGCGAGUUCGACUGCUUCUCGGACUUGGGUUCGGCGCCGCCCGCUGGCUCGGUGAGCUGCUAAGCGACGCCUGCCCGGCGUGGCCGAGAGAAGGGGGCCGGCCCCGCCGGACUCGGCACCCAGCGCCGGGGCCCCGGCACGCACCUUCCGUGAGGGUGAGGCAGCGGUUCGCGCACCGAGCCGACGCCGGGCCGGGACGCCGGGCCUCACUGCAGGCCCUGCUUGCUGCAGGAUGACAGUUUGGGUUCAUCUCUCUGACCCGGAGCCACAGGGCUAAAGCGAAGGGGUCUGGACGCCCCUUGCAGCCUCCCAGCUCUUGGAUUCUGUAUGCUCUCCUCUCGGAUCCUCCAACCCAGCUCCCCAAUCUGAGCCAUUCCAGGCCUCUGCCUGAUUCCCCCUCUCCUCGCGCAGCCCACGGUGUUCACUGGGUCCCGGGAGCCGCCCACCCGCCUGGCCCCGCCCUGGCGGCCUGGGUCCUGAGGUCGUUCGUUGGGCCUCCCGCUCUGGGGAGGGGCAGGUUGUGCAGCCCUCACCCCUGCAAGUGGCCUCCAACACCAAAUAAAACUGGGUCACUUUCCA